CUUUUUACUUUGAUUUUAUAUUUGGUUUUAGGUCAAAACCGAACCGUAAGAACCAAACCCACCCCUAACUCAUAUAUGCAGCCGGCGUGUGUGAUUGAAGUACUGUUGUUGCUACUACUAUUAUAACAUUAUUAUAUUCCAUUAUUGUUGUAGCAUUAAUGUUAUUAAUGUGCUUAUACGUAGUACCAUUGCAUGUGUACUAUUGCUAAUGGGGAUCUAUUAUUUAUAUGUAGUAUUAUGUAUGUAGUAUAUUUAUUAGACUUGAAAAGUCAACUCUUUUGACAUUACUUAUUAUUUUUAUGUUUUUAGUGUAUUGUUGUACCCAUAUUAUUAAAUUAUUGAGAUGUCACUUUUAUUAUUUACUCCGUAUGUCAUAUGUAUAACCAUGACCUCUUACACAAUGUCGAUUAUACCACUUUAAUUAAUAUUUAUUUCUAUUCACUUUGUCACCUAUAUUUCAUCUGUUUUUUUCUUUUAUUUAACCUUUUUAUUUAUUUAUUUAUUUUAUUUUUGUUUAAAUUUUCGGGGUAUCACAGAGGUGGCAUAUCUGGUGGUCGCAGUUUUGUCAUUUGUCAAGUUUGCAGCAAGGUUGGUCACAGUGCUCUUAUUUGCUAUCACAGAUAUAAUCCUACCUGCACAGUCUCUAAUUCUACAUUACCACAUCAUAAUCCUACCUACACAGUCUCUAAUCCUACUUUACCAAAUCCAUCUAUAAAUCCUUAUCACUCUUAUCCUCCACAAACACUCUCAUAUCCAAAUCCUUCUCCACCUCUAUCAACUCAUCACAAUAACUAUCCUCCACCUCAUCCUCAUCCAUAUCAACAGUUUACCCAACCAACACCAAGCUACAUCCCCACUCAGCCUUCUCAAAAUACAAAUUGGGGAUCUGCUCCAUCAUCAUCUCAAAAUCAACCUGCUCCAACUGCAGCUUGGGCUUCUGCAAACACUUCCUUGCUAGGACCACCACCUAAUGUUCAGAAUUGGUUUCCAAAUUCUGGAGCCUCGCACCAUGUCACACCUGAUCCUCUCAACAUUCAACACAGUGAGCCACUUGCUACCACUAACAAGCUAUUCAUGGGCAAUGGUCAAGGUUUGGACAUUAAGUCGAUUGGUUUCUCUUUCUUUUUCUCUCCUUUUCAUCCUUCUUAUACACUCUUACUUAACAACAUUCUUCAUGUUCCUACCAUAACCAAAAAUUUACUUAGUGUUAGUCAGUUUGCAAGAGAUAAUAAUGUUUUCUUUGAGUUUCAUGCUCAUGAAAGUUUUGUUAAAUCACAAGCUUCUAAAAAGGUCCUCCUACAUGGCAUCCUAGGUGCAGAUUGUCUCUACAAGUUUCAGUCCCUUCCAGCUCUUGUUUCAAGUCAAUCUUUGUCUCAAAAUAAGUCCUGUAAUCAUGUUCAGUCUUGUAAUAACUCUCUUUCUUGUAAUUUGUGGCAUUUAAGGCUAGGUCGCCCUAACUUUGAGGCUCUCAAAUCUGUAAUGCAACAUUGUAAUGUUCCUUCUAUUAAUAAAAGUGACAUUGAUUUCUGCUCUUCUUGUUGUCUUGGUAAAGCACAUAGACUCCCCAUCUUUUCCCUCCACUGCCACUUUUCACUCACCAUUUGAACUGAUAUUCACUGAUCUUUGGGGACCAGCUCCCAUGUUAUCUUUUGAUGGCUAUUCUUACUAUAUUUCAUUCAUUGAUGCUUGCACAAGAUACACAUGGAUUUAUU